AGUCAGCUCUUAGUAGGAAGUGAUUUUGUGGAAAUUCCAACUCAACCUUGACCACGUCAGCGGGAGUGUGUGAGGCUGGUCACUGCUCCACCUGCUCAGGCACAGCUCACACGCUGCUCAGGCACUGCUCAGGCACUUGCUGAGUGAGUAAUACUGCGCUCAACAGGUGGUGAUCACUGUUCCAGCAUGAGGUGGCGACUGUUGGUGUUGGUGGUGCUGGCCGGCGUCCUCGUGGAAGCUCUCCCAGUCAAGGAGAAGCAGCCGGAGGAACACAAGGCAGAACACCGAGAAGAUGGGGAGGAACACUCGGAGGAUUGGGAGCUGAAUUUGGAAUAUGGCCGGUAUCUGAAGGAGGUUGUUCAGGCUCUGGAGAGUGAUGUGAACUUCAGAAAAAAACUAGAAACUGCAGAGGUGGAUGACAUCAAGUCUGGCAAGAUUGCCCGAGAGCUCCACUUUGUCGAUCACAAUGUUCGCACUAAACUGGAUGAACUGAAGCGUCGAGAGCUUGAACGUCUCCGUCACUUGGCAGUUAAGGAGCACGAGAAGCAGACUGGUGUGGAUCGCAGCUUGCUGAAGAUUCCUGUUCACAUUGACCACAAGAACCCCACACGAUUUGAAGUUGAGGAUCUCAAGAAGCUCAUCAUCAAGACUACAGAAGACUUGGAAAAAGUUGAUGAACAGCGUCGGACCGAGUUCAAAAAGUAUGAAAUGGAAAAGGAGUUUGAACGACAGCAGGAGUUGGGUCAGAUGGAUGAAGAACACCGCAAGCAGGCUGAAUUGAAACAUGAAGAAGAAAUUAAGAAACAUGGACAACACACAAAACUGCAUCACCCUGGGUCAAAACAGCAACUGGAAGAGGUUUGGGAAGAGCAAGAUCAUAUGCAGCCUGAAGAUUUUAACCCCAAGACUUUCUUCCAUCUUCAUGAUCUGGAUGGUAAUGGGUACUGGGAUGAGAUGGAAGUAAAGGCUCUAUUCAAGAAGGAACUGGACAAGAUGUACGACCCUAAUGCCCCUGAAGAUGAUAUUAACGAACGCUUUGAAGAAAUGGAACGGAUGCGUGAACAUGUUUUUAAAGAGUCUGACACUGAUAAGGAUAGUCUCAUCAGCUUUCAAGAGUUUGUGGAGCAAACAAAACGAGCUGAGUUUGAGCAGGAUGGUGGAUGGCAAGGCCUAGACGAGCAGGAGAUCUACUCUCGCAACGAGUAUGAACAAUUCGAGCGUGAACGUCAGGCAGAGCUUAGACGUCUGGUUGAAGCUGGAGCAAUCCCACCCCCUCCCGGCUACUAUGGGAUGCCUCCAGCCCAGCCAGCCUUGUAUCAUGGUGAGCCCUACCCUGGACCACACGCUGCUGCUGCUGCUGCUGCUGCUGCUUCUCAGGGAAUGCAUCUCUCAAAUGCUGUAUCUCAGCAUGAGCAGCAUCCACAAGCUCACCCCAAUGCUAUUCCCCAGGGAUACCAGGCUGUUCCACAGGGCUAUCAGGCUGUUCCUCAGGGAUACCAGGCUGUUCCCCAAGGCUAUCAGGCUGUUCCCCAGGGCUAUCAGGCUGUUCCCCAAGGCUACCAGGCUGUUCCCCAGCAAGUGCAGUACUACCCGCAAGGGGCACCGUACCAGCAUGGCCCAGGACAACCUCAAUCUGGUCAUCCCAUCCAAGGACAGGCUGCACAAGGUCAUCCAGCCUUAGGACAAGUUGCACAGGGUCAACCAGUUCAAGGAAAUAUACAAGGUCAGGCUGCCCAAGGACAGAUUGUAAACAUUCAGCCUGGACCAGGACAGGUUGUGCAAGGUCAACGUGGCCCUGGACAGGCUGUACAAGGUCAGCCUGGUCAGGGACAAGCUGUACAGGGUCAACCUGGUCAGGGACAAGCUGUACAAGGUCAACCGGGUCUGGGACAGGCUGUACAAGGUCAACCGGGUCAGGGACAGGUUGUACAAGGUCAGCCUGGUCAGGGACAGGCUGUACAAGGUCAACUUGGUCAGGGACAGGUUGUACAAGGUCAACCUGGUCAGGGACAGGUUGUACAAGGUCAGCCUGGUCAGGGACAAGCUGUACAAGGUCAACUUGGUCAGGGACAGGUUGUACAAGGUCAACCUGGUCAGGGACAGGUUGUACAAGGUCAACCUGGUCAGGGACAGGCUGUACAAGGUCAACCUGGUCAGGGACAGGUUGUACAAGGUCAACAUCCACAGUUUCAGAUCCCUAUAUUGGGUGAGGUACCAAGUGUUCCAUCACCAGUAGCUGGUCAGCCCAAGACAGGGCAAUAAAGUUCUUCCCGCUGAUGUUCUUCGAACCUAAGGCAAUGCUUUCACUUUCUAUCAGCUCAAGGUGGCAGGUGACAAUGUCGAAUAUAUUUUCUCUUGGUUGGAAGCUCAUGACAAUACUGGUGCUCCUCGACGAAAUUGGCAACAUACUGCUAAUAGCUGCUGUAAGGGGUUUAAUUGACUGGUACUGGUAAGAUUUUGUAAUCUUUCCUGGGUUUCUUCGACAUCAGUAGCUUUGUGCUAUCAUUUAAGUGCUUCACAGAAGCAGGCUGCUGGUACAGUAUCAAGUAAUGUGUUGUCAAUACCGAGUACUGAACUGUUCAAGGAAUGCAGAUAUCUAUUUCCUUGUGCAUGUGUCAUACCUCCCACAUACUUUUUAGUUUCUCUUAUAUUUAUUUUCUGAGCAUGAUUAUACGAUGUGAUUUGUAUAUUUUGUGUAUAUGGGUCAGCUGGUUUAUUAACUUGGGAUAACUGGAAUCUUUAUAAGAAGUGUACAUAUUGGGAUUAUAUUAUCAUGUGAAGAGUUCUGCCUUAUAAAUUAAGCCCUAAUGUCAUUAUAUCUCUUAAAUUUAGGGAAAUCAAUCUUGUUGAAAGAUAUGCUAGACCUUGGAAUUGUUCAUCACAUGAGAAUCUUACUGUAAAGAGAUGUAUGGAAUGAUUAUUCUUAAACCCCAUUCUUAUGAGUCUGAGGUGAGUGGAGGACUUAAUAUUUUACAUAUACAGUACUAUAUAAUUAUGAAGCAUGUACUGAACAGUAUAUUGAUCUUCAUGCCUUAGUGUAUUAGAACUCUAUUACUAUAUUAUGAAAUUUAUACUGUAUAUUCUUGCAAAUAAUUUUAUCUGCAAUUCAAAAUUCAAGUUUGAAACACAAUAUUAUGGUUUGCCUCUCACUAUUGGAGUGGGUAAAAUCUUGCAUGCAUUUGAAUAAAAAUCAUUAAUAUUGUUAGGUUAGGUUACUGGGUAUCAAGCAGACAAACGUGAUGCAAAUGAAGAAUGAAAACAAAUUUUGGUGCGAAAUAUUGGAAAUAUUGGUGGAUUGGAUCGAAAUAUUGGUGUGGAUAAGACUGCAGUUGUUAAAUGGAAAUUAAUAUUUCAUUUCAUUUUAAAGUAAAUCAAAAUUCAUGCUCUUGUUAAUUUCCUGUUAUGGAUCUUUAUAAUCAAUUUAUCAAGGUAUAUAAUGCAAAUUCCUUGAAGCUUUAGUUUCACAAGCUCGGUAUGUUAGCUUGCGUGUGUGUGUGCUUGCUUUAUUCGUGACAUUUAAAAGAAAUUAGAAUAUGUUGUCAAAAAAACUUAUAAAUUGACAGUUCAAUAUUAUUGUGUCCAUGGCAGUUAGACAUGCAGGAAAUGCUAUGUUGUAGGAAAAAAACAUUUUCUCAUCAUGGCUCCUACUGAGUUUCUCAUUGAGAAAUCAUGUUAGUGUAAUUGACUCAUCAUGUUAGUGUGAUUUAUCUGUUCAUGCUGUUUUUUGUUUUGCUCCCCUUAUGGAACAAACUACCACAGUACAGUAUAUGGAAUUGAUGAAACAUUUGAUGUAAAUUUUUGGAGUUUGCCUUGCAAAGUAUGAUGACUUUGCUACAGUUUGUGAAAAAUUACCAUUUUAUGUUUUAUAAAUUCUGAUAUACAGUAUUGUUUGUUAAUUGAUUGUUGCAUUGGGAGUAGAAAACACACGAGAGAUGUACUGCGAUGUGCCGAGACCUUUCAAUAUGGUCAAGUGCUGUGGCUUAAGUUUUAAUCAUGUUUUCUUUUUAGAAAAGCACAUUCCCUCCCAUACAAUGUUUUUUAUUCAGUUUUGUCAUUAUGUAUUAGUUGGCUGUUUUGUUUACUGCAGUUUUUAUAUUGUAUAUACUGUAUACGACCACCAGAAUUACCUUUAAUGCAAAAUUACUGGUGGUUAUAAACAAAACAAAAUAAAAAAUGAAGCAUACUCAAAUUUCUCUUGAAUCAAAAUAUUUGUUAGUUUUAAAUUUUUUUAAAUAAAGUCUAAUCAUCUUUACUGCUCUAAGUUAUGGGUAAUUUGUUGAGAGCUGUGUGUAAAAUUAUGCUCAGUUUAAGGUUAGUAAUGUCAUGACAUAAGAGAAGAGGCAGAUUUUGAUAGUUAAAUAUUGUUUAUUCCCAUGUAUGGUGCCUUCAGUUCUGAGACGUGACAUUUACACAUACAUUUAUGUUAUUGCUUCUUGUAUGUUUAGUUCAUCACAUCACAACAUUGUAAGGUUAUCAUGUAUGGUGACAACCAUUGUAUGACUGACUCAGGUGGGAUGGUUCGUGUGUGACUGACCAAGCUCAGACGAGAGGUAAAUUUGUUUCCCAUUCUAAGUUAAACAAGUUGUUUCCCUGUUUUGCAUUGGAAAUAAUUGAUACUAGUAAUUUUGCUAGUAAAGCAUCUCCAAUAUUUUGUGUUUUUAAAUAUUUAGGUUUAACAUGACUGAAAAUAGGUUGAACAAUGAUUUAAUAUAUAUUUUCCCUUUGUUAUAUAAUUCUCCAAAAGAUGUGAAUAUAGUUCUGUGCAUCAAUGCUAUGUAUUAUUAUUGUGUGUGCAUGCUCUGAUUUUUUUUUUUAAUUAGCUCAGUUGGUUCCUAUUUUUAAGUGCUAACAAGAAAUAUUGAGCAAAUAUUUACCUUGAAUUUGGUCUGAUAAGUACAUUAGAUGUUGAAUGUGCACAAAAUUUCUUGCCAUCUUUUGCAGAAAACUUCAGUAGCUAUUAAGAAUAUACUGAAAUAUCUAGACUACACCAUACUAUAAUUUGUAAUUGUCAAAAUUUUUAUGAAAGCUCUAUUGAUAUUAGAUAGUUGGACAACAUAUGGCAUAGUAUUGUGAAUGUGGCUGAUGAUUUAUUUUGAACAAUGUAUUAUUUAUAGAAUCUCACAUGAAAAUGGUAUAUCAAUAUUUUAAACAUUACAAUUUCUGGAGCUGUGUUACAAAAGGUUAGUGAUGUGGCAAUGUCUUUGUUUUGCUUUUAUGCUCGAUAACAUUAUAACUUUUGAAUACCAUCAGCUAGUACAGUGAAAUAAAUUUGUCAUUUUAUAAGUGAUCAGGUUCUACUAAAUACGGUACUUUAUAAGGAAUGUUCAUUAUGGUAUCCUUAUCCAUUAUGUAUAAUAUCUUAAAACCAAAAAUGUAACAGAUCAAUGUACAUGUUGGCAUGCUCAAAGAGAGAGAAGCAGAUCUAUACCGUAUUCAUCAUGUACCGCUGUGUGAAGUCUUUUUGGUCUGUGUUUUGUUGAUGCUAUGUUGAAUGCACACACAUAAGGCUGUGUUACACACAAUGUUACAUUUUGUGUUACAUUUAAUGUGGCUGUGUUACAUUUAAUGUUACUUGAUCUUUACAUUCUGAUAAGUGUCAUUGAAGCAGAUGUUUUAUUUAAUGUUUUCAAAUUAUAAUAAGAUGCCACUUUAAGAAUACUUAGGAUAUAUAUCUUAGGAUAAUGCUAUUUGCAAUCAUUUUUGACAAGUUCAUCAGGAAGAAAAAGUGGCUAAUGUAUUAGUGAUGCAGCCUAUCCUCUCGAGCAUUCACAAUGUUACUAAACUUGUGUAUUAAAUUGCCCAAAACUAACCUAACCGAGGACCCACGAAUAGAAAACUGGACUGUCUUGCCAGCUACUAUGAUUUUUGGUACAUCAGUUUUUGGCCUCGGAGGGUUUAUAGGUCAAAUUGUGAUGUAGAAUUCGAGAGGCCGGGUUGAUUGGUGACAGGAAAGCCUUUUUGUACCAGGGUGAGUUUGGUUGUUAAUUGUGCCAAACAUUUUUUAGUACUGAAGGGGUAAACCACAUGCGCUCCUAACUUGAGUAGCUAAUGGCAUAAAUUUUCAUAUAAAUAGCACAGGGAAAUUGUGCAUUAGUAUCGUUUGUUUUUUCCUGGGAAAAGGGAACAAGUGAGUAACAUAAGUGUAUAAAUUUUGUCUAAAAAUUUCAUAACUGUAUAAUGAAUUUUUUGUGAAUAGUUAUACAGUAUAGUUUUUGUAACUAAUCUCAUCAUGAUGACAACAGUAGUGUUGCUCAUAUUCUUGAUUAUUCACAUCUCAAAAUUAUAGGUCAUUAUCAGAUUUAGAUGUUAUACCCAUAAAUUCAGUUCGAAACUAAUUACUUUUUUAAGCUGGUGUAUUUUAUUGUGAGUAGUGCAGAAAUUAAUGUGGAACUAUAUAUUAAUAUAGCAGCUCUGUAAUUACUCGAUCUUAUAAUUGUUACAUUUUAACGAACUGUUUCUACUUCGGAAUUGUAUGAAUGUAGCAGUAAUUUUCUUGGACAAAUCAGGAAAGACCAGUGUUAGUGGUUGUCCAAUAUGUUUUAUUAAGUUUUUACUGUUGCAAGAGAAAAGUAGAGAGUCCUCUGAUAUUUUUUUAACUCCUUAGCUGUAAAAAUUUAUCGUUGUCUACUUGCAUAUUAAACUUUUCUCCACACUGUAAGGUUAGACAAUUAUCUCGUAAUUUUAGAGAGAGAGGGGAAGAGAGAGA